AUGGAUCUCGUCGCCGGAGUCCGCAAAGAAGGCAGCCGCGGCGGCCGCGGCGACUUCAAAUGGUCCGACGUCAAAGACUCCUCACACCGCGAAAACUACCUAGGCCAUUCGCUCAUGGCACCAGUCGGACGAUGGCAACAGGGCAAAGACUUACAAUGGUAUGCGCGCGGAGAUGAUGACCCCGACGAGGCUGCUCGGAAGGAACGAGAGGAGCGACAACGCGUAAAAGCAGCAGAGGAUGAGGCCAUGGCGCGGGCGUUGGGCCUCCCAUUGCCGUCUCAGAACGCGAACGUGACGCCAUUGGGCGGGGAUGAGAAACCGGUGACUGGCGGUGUGCCGGUGGAGGAGAAGACUAGAGAGGGAAUCGAAGGAUGGUCGAAGGCGAAGGCGCGAGCGUACACGGAGUCCGAGAAGGGAUCAUGUUGGUGA